GAGGGAUUACUUAAGAAGUAGUUUUCCCGAUGAGAAGUUAUACAUGUUCGGGGCAGCGUUAAAUCAUUGUUAAAAGACUCUCCGCAAUGUUUCAGUCCAGCAGGUGUAAUUUAUUAACUUUAAACAUAGUUUUAAUUUUUGCGUUGAUUCCAUUAUCUCAAUCACUGCCUGUCACACCGGUAGUACAUAAUAAUCCGUUCCUGAGUGGUUUUUCAAGGACAAUUAGUCUAGCUGCCAUAGCAAAUGACUUGAAGGGUUCUCUGGAUGAAUCUGUUAAUCCCUGUGAUGACUUCUACCGAUUUACAUGUGGCCAUUGGAAUAACCGUCAUCCUAUCCAGGAAGGGUAUUUAAUAUGGUCUAAUUGGGACGUCAUUGCCAACGAAAUAAAGCCGAAAAUACAAUCUCUGCUGAAUGGAAAUGAUUCACCAACUGAUAAUGAAGCGAUUCGCAAAGCGCGGAAGGUUUAUCGAGCCUGCAUGAAUGGAGAUAAAAUUGAAGUGGAAGGGGUAACGCCGAUUCUUCUGCUUCUCCAGAAAUUUGGAGGAUGGCCAUUGAUAAUGAAUCCUCAAGCUUGGAAAGCCAAGUACCUUUCAUGGCAAAAUAUAAAUACUAAAAUGAUUAUGAGUUUGUACAUCGAUCCAUUGUUCGCCAUAGAGGUUGUACCAGACAUGAAAAAUUCGUCGAUUCACAGGAUCGCAAUUUCAGGGCCAAAAACUGUCAUUAAAAAAACUGAAAUGAGUUCUAUCGACAGUGAUCCCGUGAUUCAGGCGUACAAAGAAUAUAAACGCACAGUAGCUAGUGUCCUUCUGAAAGGGUCUCCGCAACCCCCGGGUCUGACAAUGGCAGAACAGCUGGAAGAUCUCCACGAUUUCGAAAAAAAAUUGAUUCGGAUUACUGACGGUGAAUAUAAUGUCAAACAACUUGAUGAGUGGUACAAUCUGAUGACAAUCGAUGAGUUCCAGAAUUUUUAUGACAAGGCUGUAAUGGCUCAACCGACUGCCAGAAUUGAUUGGCUUCAGACGAUCGCUGAAGUGUUCUCAUUGGCUCCCGAAAUUGGAAUAUAUGGAUCAGAAAAAAUCAUCGUAGUGGGAAAAUCGUAUUUUCAAAGGCUUGCAGCAUUAUUGGGCAGAACUUCACAAGCGACCAUCGUGAAUUAUAUAAUGUGGAAGGCAAUUGUGGAUUUGACUCCAUUUUCGAGUAAAGCUUUGACUGAUCCCUUGAUUAAUUUCAUUAGUCAUCGCAUCGGAGCAGAUCCCCUUGGAGACAGGGAAGAUGAUUGUGUAGCCGCCUCUCAGAUGGCUAAAGCAGUGUCUUAUGCAUUCGUUAAGAAAUAUUCUUCAACGGAGAUGAAGCAAGCGGUGACUGAUAUGGUGGAGAACAUCCAAGAAGCUAUGGUGCGGCAGAUUCAACAAUCUUCUUGGCUGAGUAAUAUGACCAAGCAGUUGGCUAGUGAUAAAAUCUAUCAUAUGACGAAGCUCAUCAGUCAUCCGGAUGACUACACCGCUGAAAGCAUAGAUCAUUAUUACAAGGAGUUUAAAGCAACAGACAGUUAUUUGGAGAAUGAACUGCAGAAGACUCAUUUGAUGCUUGUAGAACUUUUGAGAAGUUUGGGUAAAUCGCCGGAAAAAAGAAAGUGGUUAGUGGAGCCUACCAUAAUUAACGCAUUUUAUGGACAAUCAGCGAACACCAUGCUGGUACCCGCGGGGAUUCUUCACGCCCCUCUUUUCGAUCCAAAUAGACCCAGUUUAUUCAAUUAUGCGAUGAUGGGCUCGACAAUUGGUCACGAAGUUUCGCAUGCCCUCGAUACCGAAGGUCGUCGUUACGAUCAAAAUGGCAAUGCGAUACGUUGGUGGGAAUCGGCUGCAAUUAAUAGAUAUAAUUACAACGCACAGUGUUUUGCUGAUCAGUACAGCAAUUUUAAAUUAUAUGAUAGUUCCAAAGGCGGUGUUUACCUCAACGGAAAUUUGACUUUGGAAGAAAAUAUAGCAGAUUCUACAGGACUUGCCAUUACUUUCAAUGCGUACAAGAAUUUCCGUCAAAAAAACGGAAUCCCUGCUGAAAAAAUUUACGGUCUAGAACGAUUCACUGACGAUCAACUAUUUUUCAUGGCGUUUGGAAAUCUCUGGUGUUCCUCUGAGGACGAGAAUUACCUUAAAAAAUACGGUAACACGGAUGAACAUAGUCCAGCUAAACAAAGAGUCAAUGGAGCUGUAUCAAACAAUCCACGAUUCGCAGCAGCUUUCAAUUGCCCAGCGAAUUCGGAGAUGAAUCCUCCAAAUAAAUGCAGCAUGUGGACCUCAUGAUUCGAAUUACGAACGACCGAAAACCCAUUGACUAAUUAAUAUUCUUCAUUGCAAUGAAAAUUCUUGAAUCAUUAGCACCCGAAGAUCUGUCACUGUUUCCCUGAAACACAAAUCUUACUUGUUGAUUAUUAAAUCUAUUUGCAUAUUAA